UAAGAGUGUUUUUGGAUCUGGUUGUGGUCCAGAAUCUAUAUUCUCCGCAUGCAAUUGCAUUUUAUUUGUUGUUCCAACGACCUUAUUCAAAAAAAAAAUUAAUAGUUAAAAUUUGUUUACUUUGAAAUGAGCAAGCGUUAUUAUAAAGAAACUAUAAAAAAUGAUAAUACAGACCUUAGAUAUGGAUAUAAAAGAAUAAAUGACUGUAUUUGCAGAACAGGAUAUCUCAUUAACAUGCACUCGAUCGAAUUAUUAGACGCUAAACAACGGCUAUUGUCAGCCUUGGAUUUGUUUUUCAUCGAGAUGGACGGAAAAAGAUACAAAUACACGAUUUCUUACUCUCCAUACUUUUUGAUAUGCGUAGAAGAAAAACACUGCAGCGAAUUAGCUCAAUUUUUAAGGUCUAAAUUUGGAGACGAAAUUGUAAAAUUUGAACAACUCUAUAAAGAAGACUUAGAUUUGCCAAACCAUCUUACAGGAAUCAAGCAGCUUUAUUUAAAAUUAUCAUUUUAUAAUCAAAAUGGGUUGAUGAAAGUUCGAAAGUUUUUAAUAAACGCCCUUAAAAAGAACAUUGAGCGUUUGAAAAAAAAAAAUAUAUUUGCUCAAACAUUGUCUGAAAAUUAUACGACUAAUAAACCUACUUCUAAAGAAAACAAAAACAUAAUGCAAUCCGAACCCAUGGAUUUUAUUUCGGAUAUACGAGAAUAUGACAUUCCCUAUCAUGUUCGAGUAUCAAUAGAUUUAAAAAUAUUUUGUGGACUAUGGUAUGAUAUAGCAAUUGAACAUAGAAAUAAAACGUUAUCGCCUAUAAUUAAAUCUCGACCUGAUAUUUUAGAACGUCCAGAACCAGUUGUCUUUGCUUUUGACAUUGAAACUACAAAAUUACCAUUAAAAUUUCCUGACGCUCAAACAGAUCAAAUAAUAAUGAUAUCAUAUAUGAUUGAUACCCAAGGAUAUUUAAUAACUAACCGUGAAAUAAUAUCAACUGAUGUUAAAGAUUUUGAAUACACACCUAAACCUGAAUUUGAAGGAAAUUUUGUGGUUUUUAAUGAACCAAAUGAACUUCAAGCCAUUAAAAAAUUUUUUGAUCAUAUUAUGGAAGUUCGUCCGCAUAUUUUUGUUACUUUUAAUGGUGACUUUUUUGACUGGUCAUUUAUUGAAAUAAGAGCUUCUUUGCUUGGAAUUAAUAUGAGUAAUGAAAUUGGUUUUUCCAAAACACGCGAUGGUGUCUACUUAUGUAGAUCAGCCAUCCAUAUGGAUUGUCUUUGUUGGGUUAAAAGAGAUUCAUAUCUUCCUGUAGGCUCUCAGGGACUUAAAGCAGUAGCAAAAGCUAAACUUCGUUAUGAUCCAAUUGAAUUAGAUCCCGAAGAAAUGUGCAAAAUGGCUGUUUUAAAGCCUCAACUUUUAUCCAACUAUUCAGUUUCGGAUGCUGUUGCAACUUAUUAUCUUUAUAUGAAGUAUGUACAUCCAUUUAUUUUUGCAUUGGCAACGAUUAUUCCAAUGGAGCCGGACGAAAUACUACGCAAAGGAUCAGGAACACUUUGCGAAACACUAUUGAUGGUAGAAGCAUAUCAUGCAAAUAUUAUAUUUCCCAACAAGCAAAAGGAAGAACAAAAUAAGUUUUCUAGCGAUGGAUAUCUUAUAGACUCAGAGACAUACGUGGGAGGUCAUGUCGAGGCUCUGGAAUGUGGAGUAUACCGAGCAGAUAUACCAUGUCGUUUUCGCUUGGACCGAAAUAUGAUAAAUGAGCUAAUAGACAACAUAAGCAACGUUCUUAAGCACGCAAUUGUUAAUGAAGAGAGUGUUCCACUUAAGGAAGUCUUAAAUUUCUCAGAAGUGUCAACUGAAAUAAAACAAGCUCUAAAAGGUUUAUAUGAUAUUCCUAAUCGAUUAGAGCAACCAGUUAUCUAUCAUCUUGAUGUUGGAGCAAUGUACCCUAAUAUAAUUUUAACAAAUCGGUUGCAACCUCCCUCUGUUGUCAAUGAUGCUGAUUGCGCUGCGUGUGACUUUAACACAUCUGUUGCAAAAUGUCAACGAACAAUGAAAUGGCAUUGGAGAGGGGAAAUGCUCCCAGCUUCUAAAAAUGAGUUACAAAGAAUAAAACACCAGCUAGAAAUGGAAACGUUUCCUCCCUUGCAUGCUGGAGGAAGUUCCAGAUCAUUUCAUGAAUUAUCAGAAGACGAUCAAAUUGCAUAUGAAAAAAAGCGUUUGUCAGACUUUUGUCGCAAAGUUUAUAAAAAGACAAAGAUUGUUAAACUAGAGGAACGAAACUCCACAAUAUGUCAAAAAGAAAACAGCUUUUAUGUCGAUACAGUUAGAGCUUUUCGCGACAGGCGCUACGAUUAUAAAGCAUUAACAAAAAUUGCAAAAGCAUCUGUCAUAGAAUCUAUAAAAAAGGGAGAUGCGGCAGAAAUAAAAUCAGCUAAGGGUAAAGAAGUACUUUACGAUUCAUUACAACUCGCACACAAAUGCAUCUUGAAUUCUUUUUAUGGUUAUGUAAUGCGAAAAGGGGCUCGAUGGCAUUCAAUGCCAAUGGCAGGUAUUGUAUGUUUAACAGGAUCAAAUAUUAUUCAAAAAGCCCGUAAUAUAAUUGAACGGAUAGGACGUCCGCUUGAAUUAGAUACCGAUGGUAUCUGGUGUAUUCUACCUGCAUCGUUUCCUCAGGUAUUUACUAUUCGAUCAAGUCAUAAAGGAAAGAAUUCGUUCAACGUUUCAUAUCCUAAUGCAGUGUUGAAUAGUAUGGUACAAAAUUAUUUCACAAAUGACCAAUACCACCAACUUAUCAAAUUAGACCCAAUUACAAGCACACCUGAGUUUAUAAUACGUUCGGAAAAUUCUAUAUUUUUUGAAGUUGAUGGGCCUUAUUUAGCAAUGGUUCUUCCAGCAGCAAAAGAAGAAGGUAAAAAGUUAAAAAAACGUUACGCUGUUUUUAACUUUGAUGGAUCAUUAGCAGAGCUAAAGGGAUUUGAAGUUAAAAGGCGUGGAGAACUACAGCUAAUUAAAAAUUUUCAAAGUUCUGUAUUUGAAUCUUUUUUAUCCGGCACUACUCUACAAGAAUGUUAUGACAACGUAGCUAAAAUAGCCAAUUAUUGGCUGGAUGUUUUAUAUAGCCAAGGCCAAAAUCUUCCAGAUUCUGAAUUAUUCGAUCUUGUAUCAGAAAACCGAUCAAUGUCAAAAAAGUUGGAAGAUUACGGGGCUCAGAAAAGUACAUCCAUUUCAACAGCUAAAAGACUUGCUGAGUUCUUAGGAGAUCAAAUGAUAAAAGAUGCUGGAUUGGCUUGUAAAUAUGUUAUAUCUAAAAAACCGGAAGGGUUUCCUGUUACUGAACGAGCAAUACCUCUUGCUAUAUUUCAAUGUGAGAAAAGCAUUAGAAGUAGUUACUUACGUCGUUGGCUUCGUGAUAACUCUAUGGGCGAUGCUGACAUUAGAGAAGUUCUUGAUUGGGAAUACUAUAUCGAACGUUUAAGUGGAGCUGUUCAAAAAAUUAUAACUAUUCCGGCUGCGAUUCAGGGCUUGCGUAAUCCCGUGCCUAGAGUAUUGCAUCCUGAUUGGUUGAAUAAAAAAAUUAUGUCUACUACUGAUAAUCUGAAACAGAGACAAAUUAAUGAUAUGUUUUCCAGUUCGAUGACAUCUAAAAGCCGUGAAAAUAUGGACAAACUUACUACUAAAAUAUAUCAUGAUGAAAUCAAAAAUAAUGGAAAUGUAAAUAUACAUAAAUCAAGUACAAAUAAACGUAAUUUUUCAAGGACUGACUGGAAUGUUAAUACGAAUUGGAGAGAAGUUAUUGGGUCCCCUCCUUUAAUUGGUGGCACGAGAUCUGAAAUUAUAAACUGGAUAUUGUUUCAAAAAGAAAAAUGGUCUUACCAAAUAAAAGAGAAAAAUGAAAUAUCUCAAAAAUCAAAAAAAAUUAAGUAUAGUAGCAGCAAGGAACGAAAAAAAAUAUCAUACGUAUCUGAAUUUCUAACAAGAAAAAAAACGAAUAUUCUAAAAGGCUUAUGGCACAUAAUUCAUUUAUUUGCUGAAGACGAUUAUGGUAGUUUUAUAGCUUGGACAAUAAUUGAAGAUGAACUCUACAAAAUCAAACUCCAAAUACCACGAAUAUUAUACAUUAAUCAAAGGUCAGAAAGUGGCAGUGAUGUGUCAUUCAACAGGAAAAAAGUAAAUGCCUUAUUGCCAAGAUCUGUGCCAGCCCACUUUAUUUACCGUUACAUACUUAAGGAGAAAGCUUUUAAAACUAAUAGUGUGAAUACUAUAGCAAAUGUACCCAUAACAGAUAUUGAAGGUGUUUAUGAAACUAAUAUAUCCUUAGAAUCAAGAUUUCUAAUAGAAAUGGGGUGCUUAUGCAGUAUACGUAAAGAUAUCUGCAAUCCACACAACACCUCACUUGAUUGUGAUACGUAUAACUUUGAACAUCUUGAAGCAAAGACCGGUGUUCAUAUUUAUUUAGAAAAAUCAUGGAAACAAAUUAAAAAAAACUUUCUUUAUCAAUACAGUUCUUAUGGUAAACGGCAAAUUUGGGGACUUUUUAUGCCAGCGUGUAACAAAACUGUCAUUGUGGUAUUAGACAAAGUACGAUCAAAUCAAAUGCCAAAUAUUAAUCAACUCUACUCAUCAGAACGUGUUAACUAUUUUAAAAAAAUUGAUGGAGCUGAAAAUGUAAUGGAAAGUGUGCCAGAAGAAAUAAAUUUUGAUGUGUUCAUGGAAGUUGAUUUAGCGCAAGUUUACCGCCACAUACAGAGAUCUUUAAGCAAAUACAAAGAAGACAAAAGAGGACCAACUUUACUUUGCACACAAACAUCUUUAGAUAUAAAACAAUUAAAAGCAUUUAUACCUAUGUUAUCAGAGUUCCCUAAUAUUAAAAUUCAUAUUUGCGAUGAUGCAUCCACAUUACACGGCCUUGAUUGGCAAAAACAAUCUUCUCGUACGAUGAUACGACAUUUUCUUAACUUUAACAACGUUGUUAAUUUGAUGUUAGACCAAAGUCGAUAUUUAAACAUUCCUAUUGGUAACAUACCAGAAGAUCCUGUUCUUACAGGUACAGAUAUAUUUUAUGCACGUCUUUUGAAGCAAAAUAAUUUUGUUUUGUGGUGGUCAGCAACAAAUCGCCCUGAUCUGGGGGGGAAAGAAAACGAAGAUUAUAAAUUACUUGCCGAAGUCAAUAAGAACGGACUUUUUACUCAAAAUAUUUCCGGUUUUUACAACGGUAUUUGUGUAGCUUUAUCAAUACAAAAUUUAGCCUUGACUGCUUUGCUUCAAGCUAAUAAAAUUCUUGAAAUGGAAAGCGGAAGAUCAAUGAUAGCUUUCGGCGUUAACAUACAAGCUACUCUUGAAGAUGUUUUGUUCAAUAGAACAAAGGAUUUGCAAAUUAUGUCAGAGUUUACCUCAUGUGGCCCAGCAAUUCGGAUAUUAAAAACAAUGGCCAACGGAUGGUUACGAGAGGUUUCGCUAAAUCACAAUGCUUUGUCAGAUUAUCACAUAACUCAUUUUUAUAGAUGGAUGAGAUCCAGCACUGCUUGCAUGUUUGAUGCAGCAAUUUGUAAAAUUUUAAAGUAUUUAAUGGAUAAGAUGUAUGUGGGCAUUCUCACCGAAUUGAAAAGGUUAGGAGUACAAAUUGUUUUUGCAGACUUGAAUCGUAUUAUUAUUAAUUCAAAGAAGAAAACUAUUACUGAUGCAUUAAGCUAUGCAGAAUUUAUUGUUCAAAGCAUACGGAGGAUAGAAUUAUACCACGGUGUACAACUUUGUUUUGAACAAAGUUGGGAAAAUUUGAUUUGGUUAGAUAUUUCAAAUUUCGCAGGCCUAAAAUGCAAUGGAUUUUCAAUGGAAAACAAUGAUUAUGGUUUUAUAGCUGAUAAAACUUCUUUAAAUAUUAAUUUUACUAUGGGAUCAGAUAUCUCAGAAAAUAAGGAAUUUAAAGAAAAAUUUGAACAGUUUAUGACUCUACUGUUAAAAUCCUUGGAUGAAACUAAAUCUCUUACUAAAUCAGCACAAGAAAUUUCCCAUGACAUAUUCGAUCUUACAACACAAAUAUACCAAAAAUACUCUAAAACCGAUGCGAAAUCUGUAUCAAAAUUUGUACAAGCAAUUAUAACGGUCAUCAAUUUAAGCGAUUUCAAUGAAUUUCUUUUGAUAUUAAAAAGAAAUUUAAUUGAAAUAAUUGGUCUCAAAGAAUUAAAUAAUGACAUAAGACCGCUUAAAAGAGCAGAAUGUAUGCUCAAUGGAUUUAUUUGUAAAGCAUGUAAUGAGUAUAGGGACAUUGAUAUAAUUAGUGAAAAGCACAAAAAUAUGAAAAACGAAAUAUAUACAUGGUUAUGUAACCGUUGCCUUGUCGCUUAUGAUAAUCAGGAUGCUGAGAUUUUAGUAACUGAAAAUAUUACAAAGAAAAUAAUAUCAUAUACAUUGCAAGAUUUACAGUGUUCUCAAUGCAAUGGCGUUAAAAGAGAUAAUUUAUGCCGAUCGUGCGAAUGUGGUGGGAAGUACAAACCGCUUUUAAAACUGCAGAAUUACAUGGAAACGUGUAAAAUAAUAUUAAAUGUGGCUAAAUUACAUCAAAUGAAUGUACUUCAUCAUUUCCUUUUAACUGCACUAACAUAGCUGCGAAAGCGUCAAUAUUUUAUUUUUAGUCUUUUGUAUACUUAUAAAAAAGGGACCUUGUUGUAUUUAAAAUAUAUUGUAUUGUAAGACUCUAUCCACUAGGUUAAAUAAAAGAGCAUACAGUUAAAGCAUUCAUUAUCAUUAAGUA